AAAAAGGCCGCGAAACUUUACAAGCGUGCGGUGGAGCUCGGCGAUACGGAGGCGAUGACUUGUCUUGCUGCUUUGUUCUUUGCUGGAAACGGUGUCAAGCUGGACGCGAAAAAAGGGGAGCAGCUCCUUCGCAUAGCCGCGGACCGGGGCUACGCGAUAGCCCAGUGCAACCUCGGGACUAGACUAUAUGAUGAUGCCGACGCCAUGUACAGCGAGAUACGCAACGAGUUCGCCUCCAAGGGCACGAACGUGAACAAAUUGGAAGCCAGUGCCAAGCUCGCGCUCGUUUCGAAGAAACACGAGGAGGCUUUUCGCUUUUACAUGCUCGCUGCUCGCCAAGGACUCACUCAGGCUGAAUGCUACGUCGCCACCUCAUUCAUUCGAGGCUCAGGCGUGAAACAGGACAUCUUAGAAGGCAAACGCUGGCUCGCGCGCGCGGCCGCCAAAGGGGACGAGGGGGCCAUCGCCACGCUC